AUAUAUAUUUUUUUUCGGGAAUUAAAUUAUUAUAUUAUAAAAGAUUUACAAUUAAAAACAUAACAAUAAUAAAGCAUAUUUGCAUUAGACUCAUUUUCCUCGGCAACUUCGCGGACACGUGCCGGACUGCUCAUCAUGUUAUAUUUUGCCGAACACACUCUCCUCUCGAACCGAACCAAGCGGCCCAGAUAUUCCCCCGCCCUUUAGCUAGCCCCAUCAAAUUUCUCGUUGAUAGCUUCCCCACGAUUCAGCGAUCCUGCAGUUCCCCACCUAAAGAACAAACAAACUGCUUUUUUCUUUCUGUCUCCCCUGUUUUUACUUCUUAAGUUCAGUCACAGACCACUCUUUGGUCAGCAAUGGAUGAGCUCAUCUCUCCUUCCUCAUCGUGCUCCCCUCCACAGCACCCGCCACCGCCUCCCUUCUUCUCCGCCCACCCUAUUCCAGUCAAUUCGCCAGAAGCCCAGCCGCCGCCGCCGCCAUCGGCGCUUCAGUACCGGAUUCAGUGCCUUCUCCACUCCCGCCCCGAGUGGUGGACCUACGCCAUAUUCUGGCGCACCUCCUCCGAUCUUACUGUUCUUUGCUUCGGCGACGGCCAUUUCCGCGGUACGCGGGAUGACGACAGGAAGCGCGCCGCCGCUGCUGUAACUGCCGUCGGCGACGUUGCCAACGACAGUGACGACGCGGAGUGGUUUUACGUGGUGUCCCUAACCCGCUGGUUCUCAGUCGGCGCGGCAACUGCGCCGGCUCGAGCUUACGCGUCGCUUGCCCCAAUAUGGCUCGCCGGCGCCCACGCGCUGCAAACCUGCGGCUGCGAACGUUCUAGCGAGGCGCAGCUCCACGGCAUCGAGACUCUCGUUUUCAUCCCCGCCGCAGGAGGCGUUCUUGAGCUCGGUUCCGGCGAUCUCGUCGGCGAGAACUGGGCUCUUGUCCAGCAAGCGAAAUCCCUCCUUUUCGCCCCUGACGACGCUGAUCCCGUCUACUCUGUUGUAAACAGAGCUCAAGUCGGGAACUUGGCUGGGGGAUCGUCGUCGGUGGACUCCGAGCAUUCGGAUUCGGAGGGGCCGGGGCUUAUGGUGGAGCGUCGGCGGCCGAAGAAAAGAGGAAGGAAGCCUGGGAGCGUGAGGGAGAGUCCGGUGAACCACGUGGAGGCGGAGCGGCAGCGAAGGGAGAAGCUGAAUCACCGCUUCUACGCACUCAGAUCGGUGGUCCCCAACGUGUCGAGAAUGGACAAGGCGUCGCUGCUCGCAGACGCAGUUUCGUACAUCAAGGACCUUCGAGCCAAGGUGGAGGAGCUGGAAGCCGAGGCCAAGCGAGGGAGGAAAGAGGUCGCAGUCGAAAAAGGUGGCUCCCCCACGAGCACCAUCAGCGGCGGGCCGGCGACCGUAGAGGUCGAGGUCAAACUUCUCUGCUCUGACGCCAUGAUCAGGGUUCAAUCUGAGAACUUAAGCCACCCCCCGGCUAGGCUAAUGGCGGCUCUGCGCGAUCUUGAUCUUUUAGUUCAUCACGCCACGGUUUCCGGCCUCAAGGAGAUGGUGAUACAGGAUGUGGUUGUUCAGGUUCCCGAUGCUCUGCAGGGAGAAGACAAUCUCCGGUGUGCUCUUCUUGCACGGCUGGAGAAGAACUGAAAAAGUUAUGUUUUCCGGCGAUUUAUGAUGGCUGUACAUAGGAGAAUAAAGAAGCAGAGGGUAAUAAAGGAUUUAGGCUCCAAGAUUGUUCUUUUUCGGAUCAGUCGUUGAUUUGCAGCUCGCUUUCAAGUUUAAUGAGAGCUUAUGGUAGGAUUUUGAUAAAUUUAACACUUUUUGUUAGCGGUUUAGAGACUUAAAGUGGAAUGCAGGUGGAAGAAUGGGAUUCAGGGUUUGGCCACAGCGUCGGAUUCACGUGUAGGAGUUUUUGAGUGGAUGAGCAAUGUAAUCGUACUAAGCUCUCAUUGUCAACAUCUUGAUUUAUCUAAUUUUAUCCUCUUAUUUUGUUUUUUUGCUUUU